AUGCACAUACAUCCCAAUGGAAAAAGGAAAAAGGUGAAUAGGGGUUACAUCUCCCUGUAUUUGGAGUUGGUUGAUGCAUCAUCCUUCGAAUUUGGCUGGCCAAUAAACGCUGUUAUCAAGUUCUUUGUAUUGGAUCAAAACACUAACAAAUAUUCUACUACCCUAGGCCCAGAUUCUGUAAUGCUAUUUAAUCCGUUAAGCAAACUAUAUGGCAUCGAUAGAUUCAUUGAUCUUCCUACUUUUGAACUUUCUUCCAACGGAUACCUUGUUAACGACCAAUGUGUGUUUGGUACUGAGGUUCUACUUGUCAAACAAGCUCCCAAAGUGGAAAUGUUGAUUUUAAAGGAUGGAGAUUCUAUUUUUACUGGCUCCCACAUUUGGAAGAUCAAAUCUUUUUCUACUUCUCAUGGUACAUAUAAAUCAGAAAAUUUUAAUUGUGGUGAUUUUGAAUGGAACCAUAUUUCUCUCGCUUUAUGGUUGGAUAAGUCUACUCUUCCAAAAAAUUCCAAAGUUUAUGCAAAGUAUAAUAUUUGCUUAUUAAACAAGGACAAGUUGGAUAACUUCUGUGUUACAAGUUAUGAUUUCUUUAACGCUUCGUCUCUAGGUCGUUGUGUCAUCUAUGAGUCCUAUGAAUCUCUAGACUUUCAAAAUGGAUUUUUGGUGGAUAAUUCUCUCUCUGUUGAAGUAAAUGUAACCGUUCUUGGGGUAGUCAACUCUACAGCAUGA